AAUGGAUGUUUUCCCGGACAACGUAUCAGCUCUUAAAGUAGCUGAACUGAAAGAUGUGUGCUCUCAAUUGGGAUUAAGUACAAAAGGAGUUAAAAAAGAUCUCAUUGCAAGAAUUGAAGACGCUAAGAAUGCUACCAGCUCCAAAGAAAGUGUCACGUCUGAAAAUCUGGUAGAAUGGGUAAAGGAAGCUGCAGAUCUAACAGAAGCUAUUAUUGAACAAGUUGCAGAACAUGAAGAUAGUGUAGAGCCAGUUGUUGAACCCGUUUUGAAUUUGGAAGGGCCACCAGUCGACAAUGAAACAACUUUAAAUGUACGAGUGGAUCUGGAUGAACAUAAUGUUCAGAAAGAAGUUGUAGCCAAGACUAAUCAAAUCGAAGUUUUGGAGCAAUUGCGAAAGUUACCUGAGAAAGAAACUCUUCUGAAUUCAAUUGAAACUGUUGAGCAGCAGGAAGAUAUCGUCCGGGUCAACGUCAAUACUAUCGAAACUCCACAUGAUGUAGAGGAACCGAUCCUUGAUCUGGAUGUCGACGCCGAAGAAGAAAGCCUUCUUGACGUGACAAAAAGCUCAUCUGAUUUGACGUUGGGAAUGGAAACGCAUGAGUCUCGUGAUACAAUCGAAGAACAGAAGAAAGAGAAAAACGUUGAAGACGGCGAACUUGUGACUCCAAACGACCAGGAAGAAGGUCUGGUGGAGGAUAGCAUGACUGAAGAAACUGCCGAAAUUUCUGGAAAUGCUAGUCAAGAGCCAGAAAUAGAGGACCGAAGUCGUGAAGUGGACGGCACGAAGCAAAGGACUGUCGUCGUUCCGGCUCAGGGUGACAGGCCCUCUUUUGAUAUUAAAAUUGUCAAUCCUGUGAAGGCCCAAUCGAAACCGGUCAAAAUACGGAAGCGAAAUGAAACUCCUGCAGUCGAUGGAGUGCCAGCCGAAGAAGGAGGCAGCAAGGAGAAGAAACGGAAGUGGGUGACAUCUUCAGGAGACUCUCAGAACUGCAACAUCGUCAUCUCCACUGACGUCCUAAACACUAUUGUGUCGAAUAAGAGUCCGACUGCUCCCAAGGAUAAAUCCAGGGAAUCGACAAAUGAUCACAAAUCGCCCUCGCUUGACAGGAAAAGAAAAUCCAAGGACAGCAAGAUUGAGGACGAAGGAUUGACAGAAAAGACGAAGCGAGUGUCGAUUGAAUCUGUAAAAGAAGAUGAGUUGGAGAUCGAAGCGAGAGAGGACAACGACGGAGAGGUAGAAGAGGAAGGGGAGAAGGACAAGGAGAAGGAGGAGAAAAGGGAGACGAGGAAAAAGAAAAAGGGAGGCAAGGAGGAGGAUCUAGAAGAGGGAGAACACAAGUCCAAACAUGCACUGAUUUCUUUUUCGGUCGAAGCUGAGCCGAAGAAGACAAUUGUUCCAAAAGUGAAAGGACGAAACACCGAAGAUGCCGCAGCCACGCCAUUGGGUGUUGAUUUGCCCAAAAAAGAGCCAGAUGAAAUUGUUCCCGAGGCACGCAACCCAGUGUCCACUAUAGUGCACGUGAUGCGACUGACAAGGCCUUUUACGUUGUUACAACUGAAGGGACUCUUAGGGAAGUUUGGCGAAAUUAUCGAUGACGAAUUCUGGAUCGAUGACAUCAAGUCUCAAUGUUACGUGAAGUUCAAAGAGGAAGACAGUGCGAAGAAUUGUCGCGAAUCUUUGUUCGGCUGCAAGUGGCCCUCGACAAAUCCCAAGACGUUGAAGUUGGAAUUUGUCAGUCAAUUGCAGCUGGAUGACGUCAGAGGGAUUCUGAAAAAAAUCUCUAAGAAUAGAAGUGAAUCGAAGGAAGCUGACAUUGGGGAGACGAAGUUCACAACUCGAAGGUCGCCGAACAUCAUCCGAACUGCAGCUGGCCUCGAGAGCAGGUCGAAGAGGAAAGAGUGGAAACGAAGAAGCAGAUCGCUAUCGCGUGAGUCGUUCAGUGACUACCCGAGUGUGAAUAAAAUGGCCAGGGCAGAUCCGACGAGGAAGAGGCGAGAAAGCAGGGACAGAGAGGAUAACAGCAGGUUCGCAGUGGACCCCAAAGUGAGUGCAAGAAGGGAACAGGAGAUGAGAGAUCGAUACCACGAACGAAUGGAACAAAAACGAAAAUACGAAGAAGAGCGUCUGAAAAAGGAACAACUGAAGGAAAAAGCGCCAGUCAAACUGCUAGAUGAUCUUUUCCGCAAAACCAAAGCAGACCCUUGUAUAUACUGGUUACCUCUCACAGAGGACGAAAUGGUAGUCAGAGACAGAAAACGAGCAGCCGAGCAGAAAGAACUGGAACAACUACAACAACAGUCCGCAAUGCUAAAAACUACUUUGGAGACAGAGUCCAGUCGACACAGAGAUCACUCAAUGAGCCCCCCUAGAAGAGGUGUCGGGGGAGGGGGCUACAGAAGGAAUUAUUCACCCUCACCUGACAGAAGAUAUGGAGGUAGAGGAGGGGGAAGUGAUCGCAAUAACAGCAGGAGAAAUUCACCGCCGCCUCCGUUUUACGGUCAAAGGUCAGGAUGUCACAGAUCAUCGGGAUCUUAUGGAGGUUCAAGAGGGUAUCCAAGAGACUCGGGGAGACAUCGAUGAACACUGAGAAACUUAGCUGAUUCUUAUCGAGGAAUUUUUCGACAGUAGUUAAAAAAACUCAAUACAGAGUUCAAUAUUAUGGUUUUGAACCCAAGCUCAGCGCAUAGCAUUUCAGUUAUGCUUAAAAAUAUUUAAAAUUGAGCCAAGCUUUGAUGGAGAUUAUUAUGAUGUUUUUCGUUCACUGUUUACGGAUUUAAAGUUGAUGGAUUUGUUAUAUAUUUGUUUACUUUACCAUUUGUCCAAUUUGUCUGUGAAUUAUGAUAUGAUAUUCUCAAUCCAUUUUCAGAAAAAUGA